AUGGCUCCUGCUCCAACUCUUGAAGACGCUAGCCAAUCCAUUUUGGCUGUGGAUGACAAAAUCCCCGCUAUCGACUACUUCAUGAUCUUCUCUGAUGAUCAUACUCAACGGUCUAUCGCCCUCGAACAUCUUGCCAAAGCAUGUGAUGACUAUGGAUUUUUCUAUGUGGAAUAUCUCAAGGCGGUCGCCCAUCCCCAUUUCCAUUGCCCUCCCAAACCUCUUGGCUUCAGUGAGGCUUUAGAAGAGUAUUUCAAGAGAUUCCAGGAUGUAAAAAUAGGAUUAGCAAGGGCAAUAUCAAAGAUAUUGGGUUGUGAAGAAACCUACAUAGAGAAGGCCUUCAAGCUAGAAUCAGGGUUUGAUGUAUCUGCCAUGAAUCUCUAUCCAUCAAAUUUGGAGUCAAAAGGUUCGACAGGAGUGGCUUCUCACACUGAUCCUGGCUUCUUUGUUUCCCUCAUUCAAGAUUUUAAUGGUGGCCUCCAAGUGCUAUCCCAAAAUGGAAAGUGGAUCAAUAUAUACAUUACCCGCAAUGCCUUUCUCAUUCAACUUGGAGAUCAUCUCGAGCAGACCUGCCCGGGUCGGACCGGUUCAAAGCCAGAACCGGCAGAUUAA